CUGCGAACUGUUGCGAUUCUUUCACAGACGACACUUUGCGCAGGGUGAGGAAUCUCUCCCCACCCGUACACUUGCUGGGAUACCGUUACGAACGCCAACGGCGCAUGCGCAGCAUGGAGUGAAAGGCACCACGCCGGGAUAACCGCGCGCGGAAAUAAUUUUCCGUCCGGAAUAUUCCUAGACUUUGAUUUCCGGGAUUAAAAGAACGCAUCGAAGCGAAGACUGAGAAGCGACCCCAGAGAAGAUGGGGGACGCCGAAGGAUCUUCUGAGCAGGAUGAUGUUUCAUUCCUGCGCACGGACGACAUGGUAUGCCUGCAAUGCAUCGCUACCGGAACAAGAGUUUGCCUGGCGGCGGAGGGUUUCGGCAACAGGCACUGCUAUUUGGAGAAUAUCGCCGACAAGAACUUCCCUCCUGAGAUGUUGUCCUGCGUCCUUGUCCUCGAGCAAGCGCUCUCCGUGCGAGCCUUGCAGGAGAUGGUCACUGCUACAAAUUCUGACACUGGGAAGGGCACACAGUCAGGUCACAGAACACUACUAUACGGCCACGCCGUUUUACUACGGCAUCAAAACAGUAACAUGUACCUGGCGUGCCUUUCAAGCAGUUCGCACAACGAUAAGCUAGCAUUUGACGUCGGCCUACAAGAUCAUUGCCAAGGGGAGGCAUGCUGGUGGACGAUACAUCCUGCAUCCAAACAGAGAUCCGAAGGAGAAAAAGUGAGAGUUGGCGAUGACCUCAUUUUGGUCAGUGUGGCCACGGAGCGAUACCUGCAUACGGUUAUGGAAGGAGAGACUGCGAUAGUGAACGCUAGCUUCCACCUCACCCACUGGUCUGUAGCUCCCUUUGGCACUGGUGCUAGCAGGACCAAGAACGUAGGUUACGUGUUCGGUGGUGAAGUCCUGAGGUUCUUCCACGGAGGCGAUGAGUGCCUCACCAUCCCGCCAAACUGGAGCGGAGAGCCCGGACAAAACAUGAUAGUAUAUGAAGGUGGUGCUGUACUCAACCAAGCAAGGUCACUGUGGAGGUUAGAGCUGGUGAGGACAAAGUGGGCCGGAGGAUUCGUCAACUGGGGUUACCCGCUGCGCAUUCACCACAUCACGACCGGCCAGUUUCUGGCCUUCAACGAAAACCGCGAAGUCUGUCUCGUACCUCGUGAGAAAGCAACAGUUGCUGCCACGGCAUUUUGUCUAAGGCAGACCAAGGAUGACAAGAAAGUAGUGUUAGACGAAAAAGAAGAAGAAGUACUGGGCUCACCGCUUGUCAAGUACGGAGAUACCACGGUCUUUCUGCAGCACUUAGAAACGGGACUCUGGCUUUCUUACAAGACGUACGAGACGAAAAAACGAGGCGUUGGCAAAGUCGAAGAGAAACAAGCAAUCAUGUCCGAAGAAGGCAAAAUGGACGACGGCCUAGAGUUCAGUCGUGCACAAGUAGAAGAGUCGAGGACAGCAAGAGUGAUAAGGAAGUGCGGAUCUCUCUUCAACAAAUUCAUUGUAAAUUUGGAUGCGAUGCAAAACAGAACCAACAGGGAAGAAGGAGAGAUAAGCACAAUUGAUCAGGAUGAAAUGAUCAUGUGCUUCGAAGACCUGAUCAAUUACUUUGUACAGCCCGAAGACGACAUUGAACACGAAGAAAAGCAAAACAAGUUAAAAGCACUCCGAAACAGACAAGACCUAUUUCAAGAAGAGGGCAUAUUGAACCUCAUUCUCGAAACGAUCGACAAAAUCAACGUCAUCACCACAUCAGGAUUUCUCACAUCCGAAGAUGCCGGCCAGAACUGGGAUACCAUUUCGGGCUAUCUCUACCAACUGCUGGCUGCCAUCAUCAAAGGCAAUCACACAAAUUGUGCACAGUUCGCUCAGCCUCAUCGGCUUGACUGGCUCUUCAGCAGGCUGAGCAGUCAGCAAGCAUCUGAAGGCACAGGAAUGUUGGACGUGCUUCACUGCGUGCUGAUUGACAGCCCGGAAGCACUGAACAUCAUGAAAGAAGAUCACAUCAAAGUCAUCAUUUCACUCUUAGAGAAGCAUGGUAGAGAUCCCAAGGUGUUAGAUGUACUUUGCUCCCUGUGUGUGACUGGAAAAGGCGUUGCCGUCCGUAGUAGUCAGAACAAUAUUUGUGACAACCUGCUCCCCGGAAAGAACCUGCUUCUGCAAACGAAACUUGUCGAUCACGUUGCCAGCAUGCAGCCCAAUAUUCUUGUGGGCAAAGUGGAAGGGGCUUCCAUGUUCCGCCGGUGGUACUACGAGGCCAUGGUGGACCACAUGGAAACAGUCACUCAUUUAGAACCCCACCUUCGAAUCGGCUGGGCGAAUACAACGGGCUACGUUCCAUACCCCGGUGGAGGUUCAAAAUGGGGAGGCAACGGCGUAGGCGAUGACCUCUACUCCUUUGGGUUUGACGGCGCACACUUAUGGACAGGUGGAAAAUGCAACAUGGUUCGAAACACACCAGCCCCUUACAUUAAGAAGGGCGAUGUCAUCGGCUGCAUCAUAGACCUCAACGUUCCAGUCAUCAGCUUUACUGUGAAUGGUAUCAGGAUUAAGGGAUGCUUCCGAAAUUUCAACACAGAUGGCAUGUUCUAUCCCUGCAUCAGCUUCUCUGCUAAGCUCAGCUGCCGUUUCCUGUUCGGCGGCGACCAGGGCAAACUGCGUUACGGACCCCCGGACGCACAUUCAUCUCUGGUUGAAGCCUUGCUUCCCCAGCAGGUUCUCUCUGUAGAGCCCUGCUUCCAGUUUGGAGACGUGCCCAAAGGCGUGGUCUACGGUCCUGCCGCCAUCGCUGACGACGCCAUUUUUGUUCCCAAACCUGUGGAUACUUCGACUAUUACUCUUCCAAAUUACAUUGAAUCCAUCCGGGACAAACUUGCGGAAAACAUUCACGAAGUGUGGUCUAUGAACAAGAUCGACGCUGGAUGGAGAUACGGAGAUAUGAGAGACGAUUUGCACAACUUACAUCCCUGCCUUACAUCUUUCGAAAGACUUCCGAUGACAGAGAAGAAAUACGACACGACGCUAGCUCUGCAGACACUCAAAACAAUUUUAGCUUUAGGUUAUCACAUAUCCAUGGACAAGCCACCGGGCAGGAUCAAGACUGUGAAGCUACCAAACGAUCCUUACCUGCAAUCCAACGGUUACAAACCAGCGCCUCUCGACCUGACGGCCAUCGCUCUGACUCCUAAGAUGGAGGAACUGGUCGACCUCCUCUCUGAGAACACGCACAACGUCUGGGCCAAGGAGCGCAUUCAACAGGGAUGGACAUAUGGACUCGUCGAGGACCAGUCAACCAGACGUAGCCCACACUUGGUGCCUUACAAGAGCGUAGAUGACGUAAUCAAGAAAGCCAACAGAGACACUGCAAUUCAAAUGGUUCGAACCCUUCUUGCCUAUGGGUACGUGCUUGAGCCUCCAACAAGUGAGAGCCUCGAAGGAAUGCAAAGUAAAAAGACCUCUGUCAAGUACGACCAACGAACCUACCGUGCAGAGAAGACCUACGCUGUGACCAGCGGCAAAUGGUACUUCGAAUUCGAGGUGAUGACGCCGGGAGCGAUGAAGGUCGGAUGGGCCAGCGUCAAUUUCCUCCCCGCGUGCGAGCUAGGAGGAGACGAGAACUCCUGGGCGUUCGACGGCUAUCUGGCUAUCAAGAACCACGCUGGCGGUUCGGAACCUUACGGUAAACAAUGGCAAAUUGGAGACGUCGUGGGAUGCAUGUUGGACCUUCACGACAAAACGAUCAGUUUUUCUUUGAACGGCGAACUCUUACUCGAUGCCCUGGGAGGCGAGGCAGCAUUUUCGGACAUUCCAAUUGGAGAUGGUGCUUCCUACGCUCCUGCAUACACCCUGGGUAUUGGGCAGAAAGCGAAACUGGUCUUUGGACACGACGUUAACCAACUGAAGUACUUCACUACGUGCGGUCUGCAGGAGGGUUACCAGCCUUUCUGUGUUAACAUGAACCGCAAUAUGACAUUCUGGUACAACAAGGACGAACCUGUCUUUGUGAACGUGGACGAUGCCUUCUCUCCAAACGUAGAAGUUAAUCGGAUACCUGCAGGAGGUAACUGUCCGCCAGCACUGAAGAUAAUACACAAGUUGUUCGAGUCGGUAGAGAAGGUCAAUUACGAGUUCCUUAGGCUUAGUCUUCCAGUUACCUGCCAGGAUGCACUGAUAGAUGAAUUAGAAAAGGAGCACAAAUGGGAAGAAAUUCGGCGACGCCAAAGAAGAGCCAUGGCCGAAAAGGAAAACAUCAGACAUCCAGCCAACUUGGAACACCACAUGUUGCGGAGUGGGUUCAGCAUGUCCGAUGUGAAAGAUCUUCAGCGAGGCUAUUCUGAGGACGCGACUGAGGUAGAUGACUCCGGUAUGCACCACCUAGAACCCAUGUCAACCCCCCAGAGAAGGAGAUCCAUGCGUACGGGAACCCUCACCAAAACACAGUCCUUCGACACUGCGAACACCCUCCAGGUUCCCGACGGACGACCGGAUCCAAAUCGUCUGAGGGCUGCCUCAAGUGAGGAGGCUUUGCACAGGGUUUCUCGAAAUGGACGCUCCAGUAAGGCAGUCACGCCAGAGCCUGAAGGCAAAGCGAAACGCAGGGGCAAGUCUCCGUUCCGGUUCUUUCGGGGUAAGAAGGAUGAGAAGGAGGAGGAGCCACCACCGUCCGUGCAGAGGACGGCAUCACCCAGCAGAGUGCCACAACAGGCACUUUCACCUCCAACGCUCACCGUGCGCCCGCCUUCAAUGCACCGCCUCACUUCAGGCAGCAGCCAGAAUCUAGCGCCUAGCGUCCCGGAAAGACCGGGAACCCUCACAGCCCCCGGAGCAACAUCCACGUCCCUUUCCCGUGGCGGAAGUUUCAGGCGUCCGUCAGCGAGCCACGUUCCCAUGCCCCUGCCCGCCGAGGAGACUGGAGACCACCUGGACUCCACGGUCCUCGAUCUGGUGGACGAGUACUUCUACGGUGUCCGAGUACUUCCUGGCCAGGAUCCUAGCCACGUGUACUGUGGCUGGGUGACCACAUCGUACAGGUUCUACGACAAGAGCUUCGACACCAACAAAGUUCGUAAAGUUGCCUACCAUGGCCUCAGCGAAGAUGGACUCGUGCACGAAGUACUCGAACGCCAGAACUGCUAUAUGGUAUGCGCUGGCCAGCUGGCUGCGGAAGUAAGCCAAGGGGACCAGAGUGGUCGUAGUACCAACCAAGGCAUGUACGUCGGAUGCCACAUCGACAUUGCCACAGGCUUCCUCACAUUUACUGCAGACGGAAAUAUCACGAGACAACGCUUUAAGAUGGAACCUGGUACCAAGCUUUUCCCAGCAGUGUUCUUCGAAGCAACCAGCAAAGAGGUGCUUCAGUUUGAGCUUGGUCGCACCCCAACAACGCUGCCUCUUUCGGCUGCGUUACUUCAAACUACAAACAAGCAUCUAGCACCACAGUGUCCACCCAGGCUCAAGGUGCAAUGUCUCCAACCAUACGUCUGGGCUCGGGUUCCCAACAUCUCCCUGAGGCCUCAUGCACUCAGGCUGUCCGAGGUUCGUGGCUGGAGUAUGCUGUGCGAGGACCCAGUGUCCAUGUUGGCCCUGCACAUUCCUGAAGAAGACCGCUGCAUAGAUGUGCUGGAACUCAUCGAGCACGAAAAACUGCUCAACUUCCAUGCUCAAACGCUGUCCCUGUAUGGUGCCCUGUGCUUCCAAGGCAAUCAUCGAGCAGCUCACAUGAUCUGCUCUCACGUGGAUGAGAAGCAACUAAUGUAUGCCAUCCAAUCCGAGUACCUGUCAGGACCUCUGCGCACGGGCUUCACGGACCUGCUCAUAUCGCUUCAUUUGGAGUCGCACGCUUAUGCCAUGAGCCUUACUCAGAACGAGUUCAUCGUGCCAUUAGGAACCGAGAUCCGAGAACUUUACGAAGAUAAACUCAGAGCGCACUCUUUCUCCACACUGGAGUGUCUCUCUAUUCGGCCUGAAAUCUCUUUCACAGAAAGAAGGGAGGACCUAGAAUCAAUCCAAGAGUUGGGAACACCGUACUUUCCAGUGGAUGCACUCAAACUGUUCGUCAUUGAGGCCUUGGUCGAUGCCGUCAAGAAGGACAGCCGUCCCAACAGAGACCCCAUAGGUGGCAACAAUGAAAACCUGUUUGUCCCUUUGUUGAAGUUGGCUGACAAAAUGCUGCUCGUUGGCCUCCUGGAUGACACCGACCUUAGAUGGCUUUUAUGCUUGCUCGAUCCCGAGACAUUUGAUGCACAAACGGACGGAGGGAACGGCACUCGUCCAAUAGGACUGAUCGACAUGAACAUAGCCGAGGGCGUAAAACUGCAGAUGUGUUACAUCCUGCACCACUUGUGCGACCUGCAACUGCGGCAUCGUGUUGAAGCCAUCGUGUCCUUCUCUGACGACUAUGUUUGCAACCUCCAGUCGGAUCAAUUGAGGCGGUACAUUGACAUCAAGCAGUCCGACUUGCCCUCAUCGGUUGCAGCCAAGAAAACUAGGGAGUUCCGUUGUGCUCCAAGGGAACAGAUGCGAGCCAUUUUGGGCUUCAAGAACCUCGAGGAGGAAAACGCCGAUCAGUGUCCAUGUGGGGAGCAGCUGCGAGAGACCUUGAUCAGCAUGCACGCGGACCUCAUACAGAGACUGAAGGCAGCCAUUACAUCUGAAGAAGAAGAAUCUGGAGAAGAAACAAAUGGAGCACAGUCCAAGAAGUCGCUUCGAAGCAAAUUCAUGUCCAUAGUCAACUUCGUCCGGGCCACGGAAGAAGCAGCACAGGAAGUAGAGGAACAUGUCACUUUACCUGAAGAGGUGUUUACGAAGAAGGUGGUGCUGACUUUGGUCAAGUGGGCAGAACAGACAGAAAUUGAGAACAGAGAAGUGAUCCGCGAAAUGUUCCGGCUCCUGCUUCGAAUCUACGACUCAGUUGCUGAGUUGAUGCGUGCCUUAGAGAACACAUAUGUGAUCAGUUAUAAGAGCAAGAACGACAUCGUCAAUGUGCUGAGUCACCUCGGACAAGUACGAGCUCUGCUGCCUGUGCAAAUGUCGCCGGAAGAAGAGGAGAUUAUGCGGAAGAGGCUCUGGGCCUUGGUCAACAACCGUAUCUUCUUCCAACACCCGGACCUCAUUCGAAUCCUUCGAGUGAACGAAAACGUGAUGGACGUGAUGAUCAACACUCUGGGCAAACGGGCUCAGACGCAGUCUUCCGGCCAAGCCCUUGCUGCACCUGCGGCCGCACAACCCGCAGCUAGUGCUUCCUCUCCUGCUUCACCAAGUGCCGGAGGAACUGCCACUGAAGCCCCGUCAGCUGAUAAGGACACAUCUCACGAAAUGGUAGUGUCCUGUUGCCGAUUCCUGUGUUACUUCUGCCGCACCAGCCGACAAAACCAGAAAGCCAUGUUCGAUCACCUCGAUUUCCUCCUAGAAAACAGCAACAUCCUAUUGUCACGCCCUUCACUGCGCGGUUCCACGCCCCUGGACGUGGCCUAUUCUUCUCUGAUGGAGAACUCCGAGCUGGCCCUCGCACUAAGGGAGCACUAUCUGGAGAAGAUUGCCGUGUACAUGUCUCGCUGUGGUCUUCAGUCCAACCUGGAGCUGGUGGAUCGCGGUUACCCCGACGUGGGUUGGGACCCCGUCGAGGGAGAGCGAUACCUCGAUUUCCUCCGUUUCUGCGUUUGGGUCAAUGGCGAAAGCGUGGAAGAAAAUGCGAACUUGGUGAUCCGACUUCUGAUUCGCCGACCAGAAUGUCUGGGGCCUGCCCUACGCGGAGAAGGCGCGGGUCUAUUGGACGCCAUUAAAGAAGCCAUCAGAAUGUCUGAACGAAUCACGAUGGAACGUGAGCAGAAAGGACUUACUUCAGAGGAACUAGAAGACGAAGACUACAUCGACAUGGGAGCGGCAAUACUGAACUUCUACUGCGUCCUGGUCGACCUGCUAGGACGAUGCGCUCCGGAAGCUGCUACCAUAGCGCAAGGGAAGAAUGAAUGUGUGAGGGCAAGAGCCAUCUUGAGAUCCCUGGUGCCACUGGACGACCUACUGGGAGCCUUGAGCCUACGCUUCACUCUUCAGACACCAAGGAAGGGAAAAGAUGGCCAGACAAAGAGCGACCUGCCUCCUGGUCUGCAGCCCAACCACAAACAGUCAAUCGUGAUGUUCCUGGAACGCGUUUACGGGGUGGAGACGCCAGAGACCUUCUUUCGCCUCUUGGAAGAUGGAUUUUUACCUGACCUCAGGGCUGCUACGAUGCUGGACAGAGCGGACAACAUUGAAAGUGAUAUGGCGCUGGCUCUGAACCGCUACAUCGGUAACUCAGUGCUGCCGAUGCUCAUUCAGUACUACUACUAUUUCACCAACGCGGAGAACUACGCGAGUCUCCUAGAUGCUACCUUGCACACCGUCUACCGCCUGUCGAAGGUCAAAAUCCUCACCAAGGGUCAGCGAGAGAAGGUCUCGGAUUUCCUCGUUGCCCUCACCAGAGAAAUGCAGCCCAGCAUGCUGCUUCGUCUGCUUCGGAAGCUCACUGUCGACGUUUCUGUGAUCACAGAGUACACUGCAGUAGCACUGAGGCUGCUGACUCUGCAUUACGAACGGUGCAAAACUUACUACAGCGCCAGCGGAGGAGGCGGUCCCUACGGCACGGCGUCUGAAGAAGAGAGGAGGCUCACCAUGCUUCUUUUCACAAACAUCUUCGACUCCCUCUCAAAGAUGGAGUACGAUCCAGAGCUGUUCAACAAGGCGCUUCCGUGCUUGACAGCCAUAGCGUGCGCCUUGCCUCCCGAUUAUUCCCUCUCUGAAGUUCAUGAUGAGGAGUGGUACAAGCAGGGACCUUCUUCCACUUCCGGGCCCUACAUCCCUGAACCCGUCAGCACUGCUGGCAUUCAGCUCACCCAGGACCUAAACACCAUAGUACAGCGGUUCUCUGAACAUUUCCACGAUGCGUGGUCUACUCGCAAGUUCGAACGAGGAUGGCAAUAUGGCGACAAGUGGAACGACAGCACGAAAACGCAUCCACGACUCAAACCGUAUAAUCUUCUCUCUGAAUACGAACGAGAACGCUACAAAGAACCAAUCAGGGACGUGGUCAGAGCGCUCCUCGCAUUUGGCUGGAAGCUGGAGGUGAGCGACGCGUCUGCUCUGCAGAGGUCUGCCACGCCCAUUGCAGCACAAGCACCAACACCCAUGGACUACAUGCCGACGCCUGUCGACAUGUCCACACUGACACUCAACAAGGACAUGAUGAACAUGGCCGAACGUCUUGCGGAGAACACGCACGACAUCUGGGCAAAGAAAACGAAGGAAGAACUAGAAGCCGUAGGAGGUGGAAUUCACCCUCAACUAGUGCCUUACGACCUGCUCACAGACAGAGAGAAACACAAGUACCGAGACAGAGCUCAAGAACUUCUCAAGUUCUUGCAGUAUGAAGGAUACCGGCUGUCGAGUAAAACCAGUCGUCGCAACGAGACAAGUGACGAGAGCGGAGGGAUGACCAAGACGACCACGCAGGAGAGGCGCUUCGCCACUUCUCUUUUAGAGAAACUUCUCCAGUACCUGGACGUGGCUGCCAUCAAUAUGAAGGUGUUGAAGCCCAGCGUCCCCUACAGCCGGAGGUCGAGCUUCAAAACUUCUAGCCGUGAUGUCAAGUUCUUCAGCAAGGUGGUAUUGCCACUGAUGGAAAAAUGCUUCGUGGCCCACCGACCUUUCUUCCUAAUGUCACCUACGGCCACUUCAACCAUAGGUACAGCAACCAUUCGGGAGAAAGAAAUGGUUGCCAGUCUGUUCUGCAAGCUCGGAGGUCUACUACGAGUCAAGUUCAGCGUCUUCGGAAAUGAAGCGAAAAUUGCUGUGAACUGCCUUCAGGUUUUGAUCAAGGCAACAGAUGCCAGGUCAAUUGUUAAGAACUGCCCAGAUUUCGUGAAGACAUCAAUGCUGACCUACUUCAACAAUGCGUCGGAUGACUUGGCGCAGACGGUGAUCAAUUUGCAACAGGGUCGCUACAGCCAUCUUCGAGGCACCACGAUGAAGACGUCGUCGUCACUCAACUAUGUUCAGUUUGUCUUGCUCCCCGUUCUAACUGCUCUCUUCGAUCACUUGGCUGCUAACGAGUUUGGGAGCGACUUAUUGCUGAGUGAUAUCCAGGUUGCUUGUUACAAGAUUCUCAACAGCCUGUACACGUUGGGGACAAAUACGGAACUUCAUGGUGGAAGAACCUUUGUCAAAGCAGAGUUGGAAAGACAUCGCCCUGCAUUUGGCAACUGCCUCGGAGCAUUUGCUGCAACGUUUCCCGUAGCCUUCCUGGAACCUGUGCAUAACAAGCACAAUCCUAACUGCAUUCACGGCAAGGCCCAGGAACACUCUUUAGAAGCUCAGGCUGUAAUGGCGGCAUUGGAAUCAAGUAUGCCAACGCUAGAUGACCUCGUCGGUCAAGUAGAGAAAUUUGUUACGACCAACGGCAAAUAUACGGAGCAGCCGUUCAUUAUCGACGUCAUGCUCCCUAUGCUGUGCAGCUACUUGCCAUUCUGGUGGAGCCAGGGCCCAGACAACGUCAACCCUACUUCAGGGAACCAUGUGACACUAGUUACGAGUGACCACCUGACCAACCUCUUGAGGAAUGUAAUCAACCUGCUGAGAAAAACCGUCGGAAUAGAAGGAUCUCCUUGGAUGAUAACCUUUGCAGCUCAUGCUGGCCAAAUCGUGAUCAACUCCUCGGAAGAGCUGCUUCGUGACCCCAUUUUGCCUUUAACUGAGAAGAUCUACCACAAUGCUGAUGUCGUAUUCCACAAGGAAGAAUGCAUGAGAAGCUACCUCAAGUCCAGCACAGAUGAUACAUCUCAAGCUGAAGGACAGCUACAAGAGGAGUUCAACCUGCUCAUACGAGACAUCUACGCCUUCUUCCCGAUUCUGAUCAAGUACGUCGACCUCCAGAGGAACCAUUGGCUGAAGCACAAUGUGAAAGAAGCGGAACAAGUGUACACUUGUGUUGCGCACAUCUUUAACAUAUGGAACAAGUCACAGUAUUUCCGCCGAGAGGAAGCCAACUUCAUUUCCCAGAACGAGAUAGACAACAUGGCGCUCAUCAUGCCUUCUUCCGGAAGAGGAAGGGCGAACGUGCAGACAGUAGAUGCUGGACAUUCGCAAAAGAGGGAGAAAAAGAAGAAACGGGAUGGUAAACGAGACAAAGAUAAAGAACUGGCAGCCAGUUUGGUUGUUGCCUGCCUCAAGAGACUGCUGCCCGUCGGCUUGAAUUUGUUUGCCGGAAGAGAACAGGAGCUUGUGCAGCACACCAAAGAGAAAUUCCUCAAUAGAGAGCAGGAUUCCGACAUCUUCGACUACGUCAAGCUGCAACUGACCCUACCAGACAAGAUCGACCCACACGACGACAUGAGCUGGCAACACUAUCUCUACAGUAAGUUAGGAAGUCAAAGGACUUCGAGUGCGGUGGUUGUCUCCCAAGACCAACUGGUAGAAAGAAUCAUAGAUAUGGCCAAAGUUUUGUACGGAUUGCACGUGAUUGACCACCCUCAAGGCUCUCAAAAGGGUGUGUACCGCAGUGUCGUAUCCACCCAACGAAAGAGAGCAGUCAUUGCCUGUUUCCGUAUGACUUCACUACACAGCUUGCACAGGCAUCGUGCCAUCAACAUAUUCCUGCAUAUCUACAAGGAAAUGUGGCUGGAGGAGGAGAACGCCGGCCAGGAACAGCUCAUCGAAGAUCUCACUACGACAUUCGAGGAGUCCGAGAAGGAAGGCGCAGCGGAAGAGAAGGACGAAGAAAAACCGGAUCCCCUGAGUCAAUUGGUGGUCGCUUUCUCCAGAACAGCAACCACAGAGCACAGUGGUGUCAUACCUGAAGAUCCGUUGUACAUGCAGUACGCAUUCAUCUUCAGUCAGAGUUGUGGUGGUGCUGAGGAAGAAGAGGAAGAUGAGGAAGGUGAUGAGGAUGCUGGGCCAUCCAUUCACGAGCAAGAAUUGGAGAAACAGCGACUCCUAUUCCAGCAAGCACGGCUGGCCACCCGAGGGGUGGCUGAGAUGGCUCUUCUUUACAUCUCAGCCUGUAAAGGUUCGCAAGGUCCAAUGGUCAUGGAUACGCUGCUGUUGGGUAUCUCUCUCAUGAAAGGAGGUAAUCAAGAAGUACAGAUGCGUAUGUACCAGCAUCUCAAAGAGAAAAAAGACGUUGGUUUCUUUACGUCCAUCGCUGGCUUGAUGAACUCCUGCAGUGUCUUGGACCUUGACGCGUUCGAGCGUACCCAGAAGGCAGAAGGCCUAGGUGUCGGUGCUGAAGGCUCCGUCGGCGAGAAGAACAUGCACGACGCUGACUUCACCUGCGCCCUUUUCCGAUUCUUGCAACUACUUUGUGAAGGGCACAACUUGGAAUUCCAGAACUACCUCCGAACUCAGGCCGGCAAUACGACGACUGUGAACGUAGUCAUCAGUACCGUUGAUUACCUGCUCAGACUUCAGGAGUCGAUUAUGGACUUCUACUGGCACUAUUCGAGUAAAGAAGUCAUUGAUCAACCAGGCAAAGAUAACUUCUGCAGAGCUAUCACGGUGGCUAAGCAAGUCUUUAACACAUUGACUGAAUUCAUUCAGGGUCCUUGCUCUCUCAACCAGCAAGCCCUGGCCCACAGUCGUCUUUGGGACGCCGUUGGAGGUUUCCUUUUCCUGUUCGCACACAUGCAAAACAAACUUUCAAAGAAUUCCAGUCAGUUAGACCUUCUGAGAGAGCUUCUGGAGCUUCAAAAAGAGAUGGUCAUUAUGAUGCUCAGUAUGCUAGAAGGUAACGUGAUGAACGGAACAAUUGGCAAACAGAUGGUGGACACACUGGUCGAGUCCGCCGCUAAUGUUGAGAUGAUCCUCAAGUUCUUCGACAUGUUCCUCAAGUUGAAAGAGCUGACGUCUUCCGGCCCAUUCCAGGAAAUGGACACCAAAAAUUCCGGAUGGAUCUCUCCUAAAGACUUCCAGAAAGCUAUGGAGCAGCAGAAAAUUUAUAAUCAGGAAGAAAUUGCAUUCUUAAUGAGUUGCUGCGAACCUAACAUGGACGACCUCAUCGACUACAGAGAAUUUACUGAGCGCUUCCAUAAUCCAGCCAAAGAUAUCGGUUUCAACUUGGCUGUACUUCUGACAAAUUUGUCGGAACACAUGCCAAACGACCCAAGGUUAUCUCGAUUCUUAGAAACAGCCAGUAGCGUCCUCAACUAUUUUGAACCUUUCUUGGGAAGAAUUGAAAUUCUCGGUGGCAGCAAACGAAUUGAGCGGGUGUACUUCGAAAUUAAAGAAUCCACUAUCAACCAAUGGGAAAAACCUCAAAUUAAGGAAUCCAAGCGGGCAUUCUUCUACAGCAUUGUCACUGAAGGCGGUGACAAAGAAAAAUUGGAAGCUUUUGUUAACUUCUGCGAGGACGCUAUUUUUGAGAUGCAGCAUGCCAGCAGCAUUUCGAAUGAAGAUAGUGACGAACCUCCAGCCAAAGCCGAGCCUUACACAUUCCUGGGUGCUGAGGAAUCAGCUCCUCCUGGACCUCUGGAGCCUCUGAAGCAAGGCUUGUCAUUCCUGAGGCUCAUCCUAGCCACCUUUUUCUCCGUCCUAACGCCGUCCAACAUUAAGCAGCAGUACGAGAUACUGCGUCAAAAGACAGUCCUGGAACUCGUCCUUGGUACUUUCAAGCUGUCCUUCUACAGUGGGUCCUACAGCGUCUGGCUGGUCUUCUUUAUUAUAAGAACUAUCAUACGGGUGACAAUCCGAUUAAUGAGCGGCCAGCCUCUGAUACCCGUCCCCGAAGUGGAGCACGCCAAGCCCGCGCUGACCAAGUACGGGCUGAUGGCUCCGACUCCGCCCCUGGCAAUCGAAGCUCCACCAGCAACUGUGGCUAUGAUGGCCGACGGAGGGGAUAUGGCGCCUCACAUUAGCGCCUUUGGUCUGGAUAUCACCAAAACAGAGGAAGAUGGAGAGAUCAAGUACCACAUGACUCCUGCAAAAGCACAGAUGACUCCUCAGUCCAGCAUGGAGGCGUCGGAUCCAGACCAGGUUAGCGAAGAGGAGCCAGGCAAGGGAUCGUCCGGAGACAAGUCACCCGACGGAGAGCUACCCGAUGGAACUGCAGACCUCCAGGCGAACCAUGUUGAUGGCGACUUGAAGGUCAAGGACGGAGGUCCAGUCACUGCAGACGGCGACUUGAAGAAGGUGUCUCUCCCACCACCCGAAGGCAUGCAGGCUCUUCCUCAGCAUAUGGUUCCCCCCACAGCUGCCCCGGAACCUCCAAAACCCACAGAACAACCACCAGUAGCAGCCCUCGAUCUGAGCGAGUAUACGCAAAAGAUUGUGAGUUUCCUGGCUCGCAAUUUCUACAACAUGAAGUACAUCGCGUUGGUACUUGCCUUCUUCAUCAAUUUCAUCCUGCUCUUCUACAAGGUGUCCACCGGCGAGAGCAGCGAUCAGGAAGAUGCAGGAUCUGCAAGCGAGACAGAAAUGGAAGACGCCUCUGAAGGCGGUGGUCUAGCUGAAAUAGUAUCUAACAUAACGGACGCGGUGGCGGAAGCCUUAUCAGACGAAGAUGAAGAAGAACUGGAGGAAUGGGUCAUUAUAGAGGAGAAGGUCUUCUAUCUGGAACCCGUUAUACGUUUCAUGGCCCUCUUCCACUCAAUCGUCUCCUUCUGCAUGCUCAUAGCCUACUACCACCUGAAGGUUCCCCUAGCAAUCUUCAAACGAGAAAAGGAAGUGGCUCGUGCCAUGGAAUUUGACGGACUCUACAUCACUGAAGAACCAGCGGAAAAUGACGUCAGAGUCCGCUGGGAUAAGCUGGUCAUCAGCACGAAGUCCUUCCCUGUCAACUACUGGGACAAAUUUGUGAAGAAGAGGGUACGGCAGAAGUACAGCGAAACAUACGACCCCGAAGCUCUGAGCAACGUUCUUGGGAUGGACAAGAGCGGUUCCUUGUCUCACGAGCAAGAGGAGUCCACUGGAUUCAUAUCUUUCAUUACCAACGUAGACUGGAAAUAUCAGAUCUGGAAAUCGGGCGUCACCAUCACAGACAACUCGUUCCUGUAUAACCUGUGGUACUUCACCUUCUCGGUGAUGGGCAACGUGAACUACUUCUUUUUUGCGGCUCACCUGCUUGACGUCGCCGUAGGGUUCAAGACGCUGCGCACAAUCUUGCAGUCCGUCACGCACAACGGGAAGCAGCUCGUGUUGACGGUGAUGUUGCUGACGAUCAUAGUGUACAUCUACACAGUGAUAGCCUUCAGCUUCUUCCGAAAGUUCUAUGUGCAAGAGGAAGAUGACCAGGUGGACCAAAAAUGUCACAGCAUGCUCACGUGCUUUGUGUUUCAUCUUUACAAAGGAGUCAGAGCUGGUGGUGGUAUUGGUGAUGAAAUCGGGCCGCCAGAUGGUGACGACUACGAGGUCUACCGAAUCAUAUUCGACAUCACUUUCUUCUUCUUCGUUAUUGUCAUUCUGCUGGCUAUCAUUCAGGGUUUGAUCAUUGAUGCCUUUGGUGAAUUGAGAGAUCAACUUCAAAGUGUUGUGGACGACAUGGAGUCCAACUGUUUCAUAUGCGGCAUCGGAAAGGACUACUUCGACAGAGUGCCUCACGGUUUCGAUACCCAUGUACAGAAAGAGCACAACCUGGCCAACUACAUGUUCUUCUUGAUGCAUCUCAUUAACAAACCAGAUACAGAGUACACUGGCCAGGAAACCUAUGUCUGGGAACUUUACCAAAAACGCUGUUGGGACUUCUUCCCAGUCGGCGACUGCUUCAGAAAACAAUAUGAAGAUGAACUUGUGGGAACGGGUUAAGCCUCCCGACUUCCCUUCUUGUGACAAACCUCGCCCCAACAUCCUAAUAUAGGGCAUUGUCCCGAUUCCCCAUUUUUACGUUUUCCCAUCGUUGCUCUCUCAAGGUGCCUGGAGAGCAAAUGAAAAAGUACAGUUUAUGUGUGCGUUGAGUUUCAAAUUUGUGUGAGAGGGGGCGUAUUGUGUGUGUUCACGUGUGUACGACUUAAUGAAGUUCAAUAGGUCCGAAGAAAUAGAUUUUCUAGCGAAGAAUCGGUUAGUGCUGCCCUUUAUAAUGGUCGAUACACAACUAAACUAAUUUUGUCUCAUUUAAAGAUGCUUUAAAAAUAUGCCGGGUACAAUCCGAAAUCAAUUACAUCAUAAUUUGUUCGCUACAAAGGUUUCAGCAAGUGGUGAAAGUGUAAAACGAGGCUUACGUUAGAUUUUGACAUACAGCAUUCAAAGCAAAAUUUUAAGUGUUGGAAUGCAGGUGAAUACAACUGCAAAUUCAAUUGGGAGCCUUGGAAGAAUGCUCACGUUACGCUAAUGUUAAGUUUAAUGUUCGAGGGUUAAUUUACCGCAAUAAGUUUACUACUGUUGUAGUGCCUUUGCUUUUUGGUAGUUCCCCUCAAGCAAUAUGUCUGCCACUAUUUGCGAUGGAGGGCAAAAUAUGCUAGAAAAGUGCCAUAUCCAUGCGAUUUCUCGCGGAUUACAAGUAGCUGUUUGUAGAACUUUUCUGAAGAGCGAGAGUUUAUGCACUGUUGAUUAUGCACGUUGAGGAAGGAAAAGCAAAGUUUGAGUGCUAUAUUGUACAUGUGUUGUUCUUGUUCGUUUUGCAUGCAAGGAACCACGUUUCAGUGCUAAAGCGCGCGUUGCCACUCUUCGCUGAAACGCGCUUGUACGUUUGUGUCUGAAACGUGUUGAUCCUCGAUUGCUUGUUGGCAUUUCGUCCCAGAGAACUCUACGAUGCUUCCUAUUCUUCCGCCAAAGUCUGUACAUAAGGCUACUUCCCCCUAUCCGAAACUAACGUGUCUCGUUGACUGUACAUACUAAUAAACUUAGUUUUAUUGACCUUGUGUAGCAGUCGAUUAACUGCUUCUCUACAAUGGCGGGCAAACGCUGGCUUCGCGUGCGCCGUGUGAUGUUUCUCGAAAGACUGCGAUUCCUGCUGUUGGACCCUAAUUUUUCUUGUUUUCGUUUUUGCUCCAAUAUUUUCUAGCUAUGUAUGUUCUUUCGUUGACCCCCUUUGGAUGUUCUGUUUUGAGGGUUUUGAGUGAGUGUGAUGUGAGCUUUCUUACGAAAAUAAAUAUGUCCACUCGUA